AUGUCACGUCAUCAGUUCGAUUUAGUUAUGUGUUUAAGACAACCAGGUACACAUAUAGGUUAUCUUUGUGAUAAGUGUGAUGGUAGAUGCCCAAUCUGUGAUUCUCAUAACAUUAAAAUGAAUAAUUCUUCUUCUUUUUUUUCUUAUAAUAGUAUUGACAAUAACAAAUUAACAUCCUUUCAAGGCCCUUUAAAAAUCGUUAGAAUAUGUGAUAAUUGUUCAUUUGGUAAAUCUAAACAAUCUUGUAUAAUAUGUAAUAACCCAAUCGCUACUCACAAGGCCUAUUAUUGUUUAGAAUGCAUUAAAUUAGAAAAAAAUAAGGAUGGCUGCCCUAAAAUUUUAAAUAUUGGUUCAAAUAAAAUUGAUAGACAUUUUGAUACUUCAAAAAAAUAA